AAACCAUUUGAAGAACAAACACCAAUCUUUGUUUGAAGAGUGGAAAAGUAAUGAUGAUCCAUCCAUUAAAAGUACAAAUCAACCGAAAAUAAACAGUGUCUUUAGUUCUGGUGGUGAAAAAUGUAAGUAUGUUCGUAUUUUAAAAGGCAUUCUGCUUUCAGAAGGAUUAGGAGAGAAUAAUAAAGACGAAAGCACAGAUCUUAUGUUUAUGCUAAUGAAAUAUUCUAUCAUAGCUGAAAUAAAUUUUGAUGUGGGAGAAUUCCACAUGUACAGAUGCAUAGUAUUUCGCUUUUGUUUAAUGAAUGCAUAUUGAACACGGUAUUUUAUCAAUUUAGAUGCGACAAAUAACAAAUGACAAAACAAUUCACCAACAGUAUUAUUCAAAAUCUCAUAAUAAAUAUGGGUCUUUCAUUAUUAAUUGUUGAUCAUACAUCAUUCAACGAUUUCAUGAAUGAUGUAGAUUCGAAAUAUAAGCCUAUUCAUAGGCGUGACCUUACACGCUCGUUUUUACCUGCUUACACAAAAAAUGUACAUCAAAAUUACAAGAAAUAUGUGCUGAAGCAAAGCACGACAGUCUUACACUUGAUAUUUGGUGUGAUCGUCGUAUGCGGUCUUAUUUAGGUGUUACUCUACACACUAUUAUUGAUGAUAAAUAUAAAACAUUUUUACUCUCAUUUAAACGACUUGAAGGAAAACAUACAUCUGAUAAACUUGCAGCAGAAUUCGAUUGAAUAAUUCAACUUUAUAAUUUAAAAGACAAAAUCGUUCGAUUAAUAACUGAUAAUGCAAGCAAUAAUCUUGCUGCUUUCGAUAACAUUAUUUUACCUGGAUUUGAUGAUUACUUCGAUGGAAUAAUAGAUGAUUCAUCUGAAUCUGAAUCUAAAUCUAAAUCUAAUGAUAAAGAAACCGAUGAUUAUGCACCUGCAAUAGAUUCAGCAACUGAAGAAGAAUUUCUACGUUUACCAUGUUUCUGUCAUUGUCUUCAGUUAGUGGUCAAUGAUGGAAUAAAAGCUAGUGCUGCUGCAGUAUCUUCUCUUCAAAAAGUGGCAAGCUUAGCUAAACUUUCUCAUUCUAGUACAGUAUCUUCUGAACGAUUAGAAAAAUUUAAUUAUACUAUUCCAAGAGCGAAUUGUACAAGAUGGAAUAGCCAAUUUCAAACAGUAAAAAAGGUAGUUGAUAUUCCAUCGUCAAUACUUAAUUCAAUUUUAAGUGAUUUAAAGAAGAAUGAUCUUAUUCUUAACAGCAAAGACAGAAAAGUUUUAGAAGAAUUUGUAUCUUUGUUUGAGUUAUUUAAUGAAGCUACUUUGUUAACUCAAGGUGAAUCUUAUGCAACUAUUUGUCUUGUUGCUCCUACUGUUCUUGGUAUAUACUGUAAAAAAAACCGUAUAAUAAUAAACGAAAAAAGUGUUUAUGAAAGUGCAACGUGUAGCAAACCCUUUUCAACCGUUUAUCAACGAGUCAUAAACCCUGUUAUAAACCCUCUAAAAAGUGUUUAA